GGUGUGGAGGAGAAGCUGGUAGCUCUACGUGCCAGGAAGCCGCCCGAUGGAUUUGCGCUGCUCGUUGUGUUUACAUCCGUUACGUGUUUGCCUUCCGACGAUCGCGCAGGACUAGUUAGCGCCGUCCUCGUCCGCAGUGCCGCGUUUCGCCCGUAUUUCUAACCUAAGCUCGCACCUGACAAUUGUCCGCACGCGAGAGGGAUGAAUGCCAUGCACCUUUGAUAGAGACAACGCACGUCGUCGACGACAGAACCACGGCACGCACGGACCCCCAGCUCGCAUCGCCGAAGACGUCGCCGACCGACCGACAACGGCCGACGACGGAAAACAACGUUCGUCCUAAGUGCAGUUACUAUACCUGAUACCUAAUACUAUCACUGUGUAUAGUAAUGUCUGUUCCUCCUACGUCCUCCAACAAUAUCUCUGACAAUAAACUAGGCGGUGCCAGCCCUAGUCCGAUUGAGGGAAUUGAGGGUGUUCCUGGACCAAGUUCGCUGGAUCCUAUGAAUUCAGUGUUACCACAGGAUGAAGAAUCUGAAGAUUAUGGAGAUGAUGAAGACGAGGGCGAUGAAGAAAGUAGUGAAGGAGAAAGUGAGAUUAGUGACAGUGGAUUAUUCUGUGAUACUGAAUGUACACCAGAAGUUGAGAUCAAUAAUUGUCAAUCGCCUGUGUCACAAUCUCAAGUCCUACCUGAACUGGACCAGAGUCCAGUAUCGCAUAGUUACGUGCCAUCAGAUAUUGCCCAGUCUCAAAGGAAGCGUAAGAGCGAAACAGAGUAUUGCCUGCCAUGUAAAAAGCUUAAUCCAGAAGAAAAGUCUCAUACAACCGUCAGAAAGCUAGAUGAUAAAGGUAAACAUGUUAGAUGUGUUAUUCCUACCAAGGACAAUCCUCCUCCAGAGAUGAGCAGUUGGCUUUUGCAAUUUCAGAAGUGGUCAAACGCGGAAAGAAUGUUAGCGAUAGACGAAUUAAUAGAGAGAUGCGAGCCUACGCAAGUGCGCCACAUGAUGCAAGUGAUAGAGCCGCAGUUUCAACGUGACUUCAUAUCACUGCUGCCGAAGGAGUUGGCGCUGUCGGUGCUGGCCUUCCUCGAGCCGAAGGAUCUUCUGAGAGCGGCGCAGACCUGUCGGAACUGGCGAUUUUUAGCCGACGACAAUCUGCUCUGGAAAGAGAAGUGCAAGGCUGCCGGUAUAGAGGACUUGAAGGACCUACCGCCUCCAAAGCGCAAGAACUGCAGGAGCAGCAGUAACAAUUCGUCGCCGUGGAAGCAGGCUUACAUGCGGCAGCAUAAUAUUAAAAUGAACUGGAGAACGAAGCCGAUCCGUACGCCGAAGGUGCUGAAGGGUCACGAUGAUCACGUGAUAACAUGCCUCCAGUUCUCCGGCAAUCGGAUAGUUAGUGGUUCGGACGACAAUACAUUAAAAGUGUGGUCCGCCGUCACGGGCAAGUGCUUACGGACGUUAGUCGGGCAUACCGGGGGCGUGUGGUCGUCGCAGAUGUCGGGCACGAUUGUUAUCAGUGGUAGCACAGAUCGUACUUUAAAAGUGUGGAAUGCGGAGACUGGCCUGUGCAUUCAUACUCUUUAUGGUCAUACAUCGACCGUGAGGUGUAUGCACCUGCACGGCAACAAGGUCGUUAGUGGUAGCAGAGACGCGACGCUGAGGGUAUGGCACGUGGACACGGGAGAGUGCUUACAUGUGCUCGUGGGACAUCUAGCAGCGGUCAGAUGUGUGCAAUAUGAUGGGAAAUUGGUGGUCAGUGGUGCCUACGACUACAUGGUUAAAGUUUGGAAUCCGGAGCGUGAGGAGUGCCUUCAUACUUUACAAGGACAUACCAAUCGGGUUUAUUCCCUCCAGUUCGAUGGCGUGCACGUUGUUAGCGGCUCGUUGGACACCAGUAUAAGAGUGUGGGAGGUAGAAACCGGUGCUUGUAGACACACCCUGAUGGGUCAUCAGUCUCUUACCUCGGGGAUGGAGUUGCGCAACAACAUCUUAGUGUCCGGCAAUGCCGACUCCACCGUUAAAGUGUGGGACAUUGUUAGUGGUCAUUGCCUUCAAACUCUUUCUGGCCCGAACAAGCAUCAGUCAGCGGUCACUUGUCUUCAGUUCAAUAGCCAUUUUGUGAUUACAUCCUCCGACGAUGGCACAGUGAAACUCUGGGAUGUCAAGACUGGUGAUUUCAUUAGGAAUCUAGUAGCUUUGGAAAGCGGGGGUAGUGGUGGCGUGGUAUGGAGGAUUCGAGCGAAUGAUACGAAACUAGUGUGCGCGGUAGGUAGUCGUAACGGUACCGAAGAGACGAAACUGCUUGUUCUCGAUUUCGACGUUGAGGUAAAAUAGUGCGCUCCCGCCGUGGAUCCGAUCGCCCCCUUUGUACGACCUCUGUACAUAUUUUUGAUUAAGUAGUCCAAACUACUCUACACUUGUACAAUGAUUCAUGUAUUACAUGGUGUGAUUGUGAUAAGACUGUGUACGCGUCGUAAAAAUCGGGUGAAAUUCUUGCGGGAGAAAGAGAGUGAAAGACCGAGAGGAAGUGAAGCGAACGAAAGAGAUGUUGGCGCAUGAUCUCUAGGUGGAUUUAAAGUGCCCGUUGGAAAAUUAUAUCGUUUUUUUUGUCGGAGCGCGCAUGCGCGUUGUGGUGUACAAACGUGAGAUUUAUAAGACUCGUCAACUUACGGGGGAAAACGAGGAGCUUAUCAGUGUACUUCUGAAUUUUCACUGUUCAGCGAUUCAGUGGAAUGAUCAACAAUGCAAAAAUAACAAACAUGUAACAAAAUUCAGCAUAGGUAGCAUAGCACAGAUUUAUCAUGUGGGCAUUUAGGAGCAUUUGUCAACAGUGGCGGACGAAAACGAGGCGGCGCGCUGAAUGUUCGGGGUAAAAAAAAUGACAUUAUUUGAAGAAUCUCAGAAUUCCCGGAGCAAAUGAGAGAAAUGACAGUUCCGACACGUGAUGAUUCGGACCGUGCAGAUCUUUUUACGAGAAAUUUUAAGCGUCUGUUACAUCGAAACAGAAACGGUUCGUAUAAUUUUAUUGAUCGUGUCAGCAAAUUAAUUUCGUCAGGUAGCUUCGACAUCUCUCCUGAUCGUGUAACUGAACUUUACUUGCCUAUACGAAUCAUCGAUCUGGUUAAAAACAAAUAUUUUUAUACAUCUUUACAAGCCGAUAUUUUCAUAUUAUUGACGUUUAUCGAAAGAAGGAGCAUGAACUUUUUGGCAAUUGCUAAAAAUCAAGAUUUCGAUACACAUAACGUUCUUUUGUAGAAGAAUAUUUCUUCCAGCAUUGCAUAUUUCACUCCCAUCAUGGUGCAAUAUUCAAAAAGUAACACAUUUGUUCACGUGCAAUACAGAUUUACAGUGAACAGCGAACUGGUACAAGUUUUAUGUAAAAGGAUAACAUAUUAUAUACAUAUAUAUAUUUCUUUCAAUUAAAAAGUAAAACCAUCAAUAGCACAUGGACUUGCUGGAAGAAGAAUAUUUGUAUUAGCCAGAUCUUUCCAUUUUUAGUGUAAAUUGUAAAGACUUAGAUCGCGACAUCUCUCAAUUGUGUCACUGACGAAUUUUAUAUGGAUUCUACUGGAUCAUGUCAUGAAUGGCAUUACUCGAUAAUGCAAUUUGUGCAAAUGCAUCUUUAUUAUUGGACCUAGGUGUCGUGUUUAUUUGUAUAUUGCUCAAUAGUUUAUAUUAUAAGAAUGUGUUACCUGUUGUAUCAUUUUUUUAUAAGAAAUAGAAAAAAAAUGUUGCUACAUAUUUUACAUUUUGUUUUCCUUUUUUUAAAAAUUUAUUGCGAAUGUACACAUGUUCUUGUGCUAAGAGAAACAUAUUUUGUACAAAAUAAAUGUUCGAUUUCGACCUCUUUCUA